AUGUCACCCACCAUCCUCAUCAUCGGCGCAACCGGCAACACCGGGCUCCCCCUCACCAAUUACCUUUCCGCACACCUCCCACCCACCCAACGCAUCCUCGCCCUAACCCGUUCCUCCCGCUCCCCCACCGCGCUCCAUCUCGCCUCCCUCCCCUCCGUCCAAGUCCUCGAAUAUUCCUACCCCGAAAUCACCACUUCCUGGCUCAUCGAGCACGAAGUCCAAAGAGUUUUCAUCUCGACCCACACCGAACCGACGCAUUUCUCAGAAGAAUCGCAAUUUCUGCUGGCGGCCCGCGCUGCCGGCGUGAAAUACGUCGUGCGCAUGAGUACCACAGCCGCCAACGUGCACGCGGUCGCGCUACCAUAUUACGCGCGGAAUCACUGGGCCAUCGAGACUCUUCUUUCCACGCCCGAGUUUUCUGCAUCGGGAGAUUUGAAAUGGACGAGUCUCCAGCCGAAUGGCUUCACGAAUGUGUAUCUCUAUACCGCGGCGGCGUUUAUCCGGGAAUACCGCGCGACGGGUUCGGUGCCGGAGACUCUGCCUUUGUUCGCUGAUGAGGAUGCAAAGGUGGGGAUUAUCAACCCGGCUGAUAUUGGGCUUUUGGCGGCGAAAUUGCUGCUUGCUUCUGAUGCGGAGGUGGAGAAACAUAAUGGCAAGAAAUACGUGCUUAACGGUCCUGAAGAUAUUACCGGCCGGGGAAUCGUAGCCUUGGUGGAGAAAUAUCUAGAUGGAAAGAAAGUGAAAGAGGUGAAGUAUAGAGAUAAAACGAUGAUGAAUGCGAUGUUUGCACAAUCGCCAUAUUCGAAAAAUUUAAUGGCGAGUUUCAAGCAUGCGCCGGAGGCGAACUGGAAUGGAAAGUGUGGUGUUGCGACGACUAGUAAGGAGGUUUUGGAAUUUGCUGCGCCAAAGGGAACACCAGAGGAGGCAUUGAAAGCUAUGUUGGAGCAGUAG